CCCUCGCGACCAGCCGUGGCGUCGUCGCCGUCGCCGCUGGCGUUCCAGAGCGAUCGGCCUCGCUCGCCUCCGCCGCCCCCGGGAGGCGAGGAUCCGGCGAGCGGGCUGGGCUCCGAAGCCUCGGUCUCCGGGUCCGGGGGCGGCCCCUCCGCGGGCUACGGCAGCGCUCGCCGGCGCGCGUCCGGGAAGGCCGCCGGGGGCGGUGGCCGGUUCGGCCGGCAGCAGUCCUUCGGCCGGGAGAUCGGCCACGCCGCGGCGGAGACUUACCUGAUCACGCGGCUCAGCUUCACGCUCCUGCGAUACCUCGGGGUAGGCUAUCGGUGGAUCACAAAGUUACUAGCCCUUGGCUGUUAUGCAAUGCUACUUAUGCCCGGUUUUCUUCAAGUGGCAUACUAUUAUUUUUUCUCAAGUCAAGUCCGGCGUAGCAUUGUCUAUGGAGACCAACCAAGAAACAGGUUGGAUCUACAUCUGCCAAAGAAUAUGGAUGGGCCAAAGCCUGUGGUGGCAUUUGUAACAGGUGGAGCAUGGAUUAUUGGAUAUAAAGCAUGGGGUGCUCUUUUGGGUAAACAAUUGGCGGAAAGGGAUAUUAUCGUGGCUUGCAUAGAUUACAGAAAUUUUCCCCAGGGGACUAUAAGCGAUAUGGUCAAUGAUGCAUCAGAGGGAAUCGCAUUUGUUUGUAAUAUUAUAGCGGAAUAUGGAGGUGAUCCUGAUAGGAUUUACCUAAUGGGACAGUCGGCUGGUGCACAUAUUGCCGCCUGUGCUCUUGUGGACCAGGCAGUCAAAGAAUCCAGGGGAGAGAGCAUUUCCUGGAGUUUGUCCCAGAUAAAAGCAUAUUUUGGUUUAUCUGGAGGGUACAAUUUGUUCAGUUUGGUCGAUCACUUUCACAAUCGAGGCCUAUAUCGUUCCAUCUUCUUGAGCAUAAUGGAGGGUGAGAAAUCAUUUAAACAAUUUUCGCCUGAGGUUAAGGUGCAGGACCCUAGCAUUAGAAAUGCUGCUUCUCUGCUGCCUCCAAUUCUUCUUUUCCAUGGAACUGGUGAUUACUCCAUUCCAUCAGAUGCGAGCAAAAACUUCGGGGCCACACUCCAAAAUGUAGGUGCUAAAGCAGAAGUAGUGCUGUUUGAUGGGAAAACACACACAGAUUUGUUUCUCCAAGAUCCCUUGAGGGGUGGCGAAGACGAGCUAUUCGACCAUCUGGUUGCUUUCAUACACGCGGACGACCCGGAAGCACAGGCCCAAGAUGCGACGGCACCUCCCAGGACACGCCUGGUUCCGGAGUUAUUGUUGUGGUUGGCUCGGAGGAUGAGUCCCUUUUAGUUAUUGUAUCUAUUAUUUUCGCUCAAAAUCAAGUGAUGCUGCUGCAUUCUGUACCUGGACAAUCUAAUAUCAUCUGUAAUUCUGCGCCUUUUCCUUCUCGUUUAUUUAAUUCAAUUCAAUUAGUCA